AUCGACCAUUUUACUCUGCUUCUUAAACUACUUUCUAAACUACGAACUACCUCUCCAGCAAUGCAGUUUUCAUACCUCGCAUUUUUCAGCUCUCUAGCUGCCGUAGCAUUGGCAACUCACAGCCCCGGCCAAGCAUGCAGUGGGAGCGGUUACGACUGUAGCGACGACUUUCAUGAUAUUGUUGUUUGUAACGGAGCACAGUGGGUAAUUGCUGCUGCUUGUCCUAAUAGUUGCUGUGCAUGGCCUGCUGGAUAUCCUGCACCUUUCUGCAGUUGCUAAUAAAAGAACGAAAACGUGGUUGCUACAAUUUAAUGCGUUUGGAACCAAAGUUAUUUUGGUUUACCACUAUUAGGCUCGAAAGGUUAUUACUGAAUUAUUUUAUGGACUACAUUUAUUAUCGAUAAGAAUGAGUUUAGUAUAGUUCAUUCAGUUUUAAAGAAAUGAAAGAUUGAAUAAAAGAAACAAAUUAAUACCGUGUGAGCUGGAGCUCUAUGGCAUAAUAAAGGCUGGGUGUAAUACAGCUUAAUAAUUAGCAAGACG